UCACACUGUCCACAUGCCAAACAUCCACCUGUAGAAUCUGGCUUUUUUGGUAGCUGACAAUUCCACACUCCCUCCCUCCCUCCCCCUCUCCCUCUCCCUCUCCCUCCUUCACGACAACACCCUCACGUACCCACACUGCCCUCUCUCCUCCAUCUCCAAACCAUCACUUCAUUAUAUAUAUACCAUCCUCCACUCUAACCUUAAAAAGAAAAUCUGAUAAACAAACACAAAGUCAAAACACCCCUUAACACAACAAAAGAGGAAGUACUUGAAGCAGAAGAUUAAAAUAUAUAUAGAUUACUGUAUCAGCCACAGAGAUAUUCGUUACUGUGUCUCAAGAUCAGCGGAGAAGCCUGAGCUCUGCUUUCUGGACACCAGUGCAUGCCUUUCCUGGCCCGGAAGUGGGACUCGUAAAACUAGAAUUUCUCUGUCAGCAACCUCUGGUAGUUCUUGAUCAGGGGUGUGGAAGAGAAGUUGUCCGGCAAUUACGGGUAUUUUCAUCAAUUAGUAUUCUUCUUGAGCUCCCUAGAAAUGAGUCAGACGCGUUUACAACCGAAUCAUGACCCGGCCAAAAAACUUGGACUGUUCGCUCUCCCUGAAAAAACCUGCGAGGUAAUUUCAUAUCUCACGAGAAUGUCUCUCCUCUUUUGUCUCAUUUCCUCAAUAUCUCUCGUCCUCUACACCACUUUUUUCUCCAGCAACCAAACCCAAUUCUGGCCCCCCUUUCCCCACCCGACCCGAAUCGAAACCCAACUCAGAUCCAGCCAGCCCACAAACAUCUUCCACAUCCUUUUUUGCAUCGGUGGAUCAGCCGCAACGUGGCACGAUCGUAGCCGUUAUAGCUCUACAUGGUGGGUCCCAAAUGUUACGCGAGGGUUUGUUUGGCUUGACCAAGAAACCAACAGUACCCAGACCAAUAAGAACGUGCCAGCUGUCAUGGUGUCAUCUCCAGAGUGGACUCGGUUUAAAUUUUCUAGUUCAAGAUCAGCGGUCAGGAUUGCUAGGGUCAUAAGUGAUAGCGUCAAAUUACGGUUGCCUCGUGUGAGGUGGUUUGUGAUGGGAGAUGAUGACACGGUGUAUUACACUGACAACCUAGUUUCAGUGUUGUCGAGGUACGAUCAUAAUCAAAUGUGGUACAUUGGAGGUAACUCUGAGAGUGUGGAACAAGAUGUGAUGCAUUCAUAUGAUAUGGCUUUUGGUGGGGGUGGAUUUGCUCUUAGUUAUCCAUUGGCUGAGAGAUUGGUCAGCAUGCUGGACGGUUGUCUUGAUAGGUAUUAUUAUUUCUACGGUUCUGAUCAGAGGAUCUGGGCUUGUAUAAGUGAGAUUGGCGUGCCGCUAACAAGAGAACCUGGAUUUCACCAGUUUGAUAUUAGAGGAAGCGUGUAUGGUCUCCUAGCAGCACAUCCUCUAGCCCCUCUUGUAUCGCUCCACCACCUUGACAAUUUGGAGCCAUUGUUUCCCGAUCACAGCCGAAUAGACUCCCUAAAAACCAUAAAUCGGGCAUACCAGGCUGACCCGCCCCGAAUUUUUCAACAAACAUUCUGUCACGACUACAAGCGGAAAUGGUCAAUAUCCAUAGCAUGGGGCUACACAGUUCAGCUGUACACCUUAUUGUUGCCUGCCAAGGACUUGCAAACGCCAGUACGGACGUUCAAGACGUGGCGGAGUUGGAGCGAUGGACCAUUCACAUUCAAUACCCGACCCACGGAGGCUGACCAUUGUAAACAGCCCGUUGUUUUUAUGCUUGAGCAGGCUAAGGAAGUGGGCAUUAAUGGAUCCUUGACUAGUUACACGAGGAUAGUGCAGAAGCCAGGGAAGACUUGUAAUACAGCAAGCUAUGCCCAAGCAAUGUCAGUGCAGAGAAUUCUUGUAUCUUCCUUGAAGGUGGGGCCCGAUUAUUGGAAAAAGGCACCAAGAAGAUACUGCUGCGAGUUAAUGAAUAAAGGGAGCAUAAAGAAGAGCAGUAUGCAGAUUAGGAUUAGGAAAUGCAGGAACUGGGAAACUGUUACUUCUAGGUAGGUCGGCUCUUAAGCAUUCCAGUCAUGUAAAUAUUCCCUUAUAGGGAAUGAGAUGAUAGGAGAACAAGCUGCGGUUUUGACAUUUUCUAAAUUUCUAAUAAGAUAUACAAACCAGCCGUUCUCA